GAUUCUUGGACAACUGAAUUAGAUAUUUUGACAUCGAUUCAACACGAAAAUAUAUUAAAAUGCUUAGAAUGUUUCCAUAUAGAGGAUCACGUGAUAAUUGUUACAGAAUAUGUAGAAGGACAAGAUUUAUUUAGAAUUAUAACAGAAUGCGACUCUAUUCCCAUUAACUCCAGAUCCAUUGCUUGUCAAAUAUUUGAAGCUGUGGACGUUCUCCACUAUAAAUAUGCAAUAGCUCAUAUGGAUCUGAAGAUUGAAAAUGUGCUAGUGGAUAAAUGUGGUCACAUUAAGCUAUGUGAUUUCGGUAGUGCUGUGAGAAUACCAUCUGAUGGCAAAAUUCGAACAAGUGGCAUAACUACCCCAUCUAUUCUACCUCCUGAAUAUUUCAUACAAGAGUCAUGUGACCCUAGAGCAUGUGAUACAUGGAGUGCUGGAAUUAUUUUAUAUGUGUUGUUAUGUCAACGAUAUCCAUAUGGUAAUAACAAUCCAUUGGCUAUAUUAAUUUUACAAUCUGAACAACAUCUUGAUUUUAGUGGUAUUGACACCAACGUAUUUCAGGACAUGAUUCACCUUAUAAAACAGUGUCUGGAAAUAAAUCCAAAACUAAGAAUCACUUCUAAAGAUGCCCUCAAAACUGACUUCUUUAAAAUA